ACACAAUCCCUUUGGGACACAAUCAUCCGGGCUCGCCCAGAAGGGUAUGCACUGGGACACAACUGCCGUAUUGGGACGUGCCCCACACUUUGUAUGGCCAUGGGUCACCCUCAUUCCUCAUGCAGUGAGGAAAGGGACCAUUUUCUGUGGGGGAGGGGGACGGCUCUGCACUCAGGAACUACUCCUGGUAGUGCUUGAGGGGCCAUCUGGGGGACUGGGGUCAAACUGGGUCAGCCGAAUGGAAGGUAAACGCCCCAGCUGCUGUGCUAUGGCUCUGCCCCCCAGAAAAGGACAGUUUUCUUUCUUUGGGGCCACACCCAGCAGUGCUCAGAGCUUGCUCUUGGCUCUUUGCGGUCAGGCCCCUGUUUCGCUGGCCCCAGGGUCCCCAUUGCACCUCCUUCAUGUGACCAGCCGCUGAGCCUCAGCCCUACAGGGUCCAGCUGGGGGCUGAGCCCUUUCCCAGGCUUCUUGGUGGGACUUGGUGAGCCAAGAGGUCUGGGGAAAACGCAAGAAAAUUUGGAGGGAUGGAGCAGGGGCUGGAAAGAGCCCAGAGCCCUGUGCUGGCUUCAGGCGCAGUGAGGCAGCGCAGAGCAAUACAUGCUGCAGGUGCUGAGGGCACCCGGGUGGGCAGGGGUCUGCCGCAGGCCUCCUGCAGGGGCUGGGGAGGCUCUGCUUGGCAGUGACAGAAGGCAGCCGCGCCAGGACACAGGGUGGAUGAUUCCCCCAGGGAGGGCACUGCUGCACCUCCUGGAGAUUCCACACUCUGCCCUGCCCCGAGGAAGGGUGGAGGUGGAGCGUCCAGGUGCGGGAGUGAUGGUCAAGGCGGGCCAGGGCUGGGAUGUGAGGCCUGGGCACUGCAGCCCCAGAGGGCGGCUGAGAGAUGAAGUCACUGUGGGGCCCUGGGCGCCGGGCACCACACUGAGGGCGGGAGCAGAGGGAGGAGGGCCUGGGGCAGGCUGGAGGAACAGGCGUGUGAGGCCAGAGCAGAGCUGGGGGCAGCUGUCGCCUGAAGGAGAGGCCAGGCUGCAGCGGAGGAAACAGGUGAGGCUCCAGCAACUGCCGCUCAGGACCCUGCCUGGGCCAGCAGGAGGCCUGCACGGCAGGGCCAGAGCUGCUGAGAGCAUGAGCCAGCAGGAGAGGGAGACGGAGGAGGAGGAGGAGGAGGGUGGGGGCGCGGCAGACACGGCCCCCAUGCUGCCGCAGAGGCUCAGUGGCCGCCAGAGCAGCGCUGCCCGGGCCCUGGCCGGGCUGUGCCACCUGCUGCUGUCCGCCCGGGCCCUGGCCGGGCUGCUCCUCCACCUGCUGCUGCCAGCCACCGUCUUCCUGCUGGUGCUGCUGCCGGCGGCCACCACCGUCUAUGUGGGAUUCCUGUGCCACUCCAGGGUCCACCCGGCGCCCCGGCCCGCCUGCCGGGCGCUGCUGUCGGACCGCGCGGCCGCGGCGCUCAUCGUGUCCGGUUUCCUGGCGCUGCCGCCGCUGCUCGUCCUCGCCGCCGCUGCCCGCUCCCGCCUGUCCCGGCGCCUGCGCCCGCUGCUGCCGCCGCCCACCUGGACCCUCGGACACUGCUGCUCCCUCGGCUCCGGAGACCCUGAAGAGGAGGAGCAGCUCUGCUCCUGGGCAUGAGCCAGAGACCCGGCACAAACCCCGAGGACUCCAGUUCCGGACCCUCGUCGGGUGGCACCAGCCAAUUCCACUGACCGCGCCUGGGUCGCGGCCGGCUCGUCCCUAAGCAGCGCCGCGGGUGUCCGCGAGGUGGCACCAGCCUGCCUCGGACCAGCCGGGGCCCUCGGGCGUCCAGCGGGAGGAAGGCUGGGGAGGGUGCACCUGCGCUCUGCCGCUCCAGCAGUGGCCGCUGGCCUCCCGCCACCGCUGUGCAGCAGCCUCUCUGCUGCCCGGCUGGGCUGGCCAACGUGCUGAACUGCCGUGUGGGAGCUCAGCCUGAGACGUGCAUUGAGGGGUCACACUGGACAGGUGGGGGCGAGCCUGUGAUAGGGUGGGGCAGGCACGAGGUCAGGGGUCCAGAUCCUCCUCUCAUGCUCUGUGGACAGUUCUGCUUGGCUGUCCAUCUUCACACAGGGUCCUACCUCCGUGGAUGCUGUGGGGAGUUCUGGACCCUUCCCGCCUUCUCCAGCUCCCGGCUGCCCCUGUUGAGCACAGCUCGAGACAGGGUUGGUGGUCUUUCCCUCUGUGUCAGUAACUGCCCAGGUUGGGGGGUCAGCUCGUGCCAUGCACGUGCACACCCACAGGCUCUGUGCCCAUCUGCGCCCCUAGCCUGGCCCGUUAGUUCUCAGUGAUAUUUAAUGUCAUGGAACCGGAGAGAGCACAGUGGGUAGGGCACGCCCCUGCCUGCAGCUGACCCAGGUCCAAUCCUCUGCUCAACAUAUGGUCCCCCAAGGGGCUGGAACAAUAGCACAGCGGGUAGGGCGUUUGCCUUGCACACGGCUGACCCGGGUUUGAUUCCCAGCAUCCCAUAUGGUCCCCUGAGCACCGCCAGGGGUAAUUCCUGAGUGAAGAGCCAGGAGUAACCCCUGUGCAUCGCCGGGUGUGAUCCAAAAAGGAAAAAAAAAAUGGUCCCCCAAGCACCACCAGCAGUGUUUCCCGUGCAGUGCUCUCUGUGGCCCCUACACCCUAGAAUCAGUUAAAUAAACCAUACUGGAUGUGUAA